AUGUCGGAGAUAAACCAAACAAUUUGGGGGAGUCAAGAAACAACAAAGCAAAAAUGGGAUGGUGAUGUGAAGAAAGAAAAAGAAGAAACAAAGCAAAGAAUCAUUCGAAGGGCGGCUUGGUCUCUCCUGUUAGUUAUUCCCUUUCAAGGGUUUGUUAAAAGAAAGUGUGAAAAAAGUAAAGCAGGAUUCUUGUGGUGUAGUGAGCUUACUUUUUAUCCAUCUGUCCAGCUCACAGGAGAUAAUAAAGCUAUUUUUAUUCAAAAAAGACCAGGGUUUGGAAAGGGGUUUGCUUUAGUUCUGAUUCUAGAACAGUUUUUACGAUGGGUUUGUUGUAACCUCCAUUUAAAGCCUUCUUCAUCACUUCCACUUCGGAUGAUUUUGAUCAGAAUUCGAGUUGGGUUUCUAGGGUUUCGAUAA